UCACCUCUCCGUCAGUGCUCACAGAAAUCAAUGCUAUGGUUUGAUCCCUGGUGAUCCGCAAGGCAGAGGUCAACAGAACGCUUAGACCCCUUCUUUCCACAAGGUCACCUUGUCUUAUUCAAGAACCACUUUCUGUUUUCUGUUUGCUUCCGUUCGAUUGUGUUUUUCUGCCCCGCCCCAGCGCUCCCAAGCCGCCGUCGCACUACCCUUGAAAAGUUACGGCCACCAGUCUCUUCUCCCAGCGCUUGAGAGGAUCGAUCUUCAAACAGUAAUAAAUAUGAGUUUCACAACUAUGCUCAAUAAGCUGCAAGGGCAACCUGAAAGCUACGAGAAAAAAGCACAGUACAAAUUUGGUAGGACGCUAGGCGCUGGAACAUAUGGCAUUGUUCGUGAAGCAGAAGGCCCGAAUGGAAAGGCAGCCGUCAAGAUAAUUCUCAAGAAGAAUGUGAAAGGCAACGAACAGAUGGUCUACGAUGAACUUGAUAUGUUGCAACGCCUUCACCAUCCCCACAUUGUCAGAUUCCAUGAUUGGUUUGAAUCGAGGGAUAAAUACUAUAUCGUAACCCAGUUAGCUACUGGCGGAGAGUUGUUCGAUAGAAUCUGUGACUAUGGAAAAUUCACGGAGAAGGAUGCUUCCCAGACAAUCCUGCAGGUGCUGGAUGCUGUCAACUACCUGCAUGAGCGCAAUAUCGUCCAUCGAGAUUUGAAGCCUGAGAACCUCCUUUAUCUCACUCGCGCCCAAGAUUCACAGCUCGUCUUGGCCGAUUUUGGAAUUGCAAAAAUGUUGCACAGUCCAUCUGAAGUCCUCACAAAUAUGGCGGGUUCAUUCGGUUAUGCUGCCCCCGAGGUGAUGUUGAAGCAGGGACAUGGAAAAGCCGUCGACAUGUGGUCUCUCGGGGUUAUCACUUAUACAUUACUCUGCGGUUAUUCUCCAUUCCGCUCUGAGAACCUCCAAGACUUGAUCGACGAAUGCCGAAGCGGCCAUAUCGUGUUCCAUGAAAGAUACUGGAGAGACGUUUCCAAAGAUGCCAAGGACUUUAUCCUCACGCUCCUACAGACUGACCCAACCAAACGAGCAACAAGUGCGGAAGCACUUCAGCACCGAUGGCUGAAGGGAGAGACCGCUACUGACCACAACUUGUUGCCAGAACUCAAGGCAUACAUGGCCAAGGCUCGUCUCAAGCGGGGUAUCGAGAUCGUGAAGUUGGCCAACCGUAUCGAAGCCCUCAAAAUGCAGGGAGAAGACGAUGACGAUAUUCCUAGCGCUAUCCCAGACAAUACGACCCCCUCUUCCAACAGCGGACCAGGAGACCAGACCUCUCCGGUGACUGCGCCCACCAACAAGAAGCGAAGCCUUAGCAGAGCUGCAAAGAGUGCUAUUUUCCGUGAAGUGGUGCUCGCCAAAGUCCGCGAGAUGAGGCAACAAGAGCAAAAGGAGAAAGUGGAGAAAGAGGCACUAGAAAGGGCAGAAAAGGAGAAACACAAAUAGGGCACUCAUUUUCCAAAAGCAAUAUGACUUGAUACCCUUGUUGCCUCACAUGUCCUUGUUGAUGUUUGUUGUGUUCUAGUGGAAAUUAGAAUAAAAAUGUGAUCUCUGUCGAAAUCUGGUCUAAGUCAUGCUUCGCGGAAAACUCGGGUGUGCUUAUUUCUCUAGGUAUACAUAGGAGUUCAAAGAGUGUUAUGCGAAAUCUGUCUCCCCUUUAUAAUCUAUGCGCCUGUAUAUAUGCCAGGGAUCAGUCCGGGUGACAACGAUUGCAAUGUGACAGUCCGA